UAUAAUUUUUGUUCUUUCGUUUUGUUCUCGUUUCGUUGUUAUUGUUUAUUAUUGUUAUUUGUUGUUCGUUUACUGUUUUUAAUUUUAUUUAGUUUAGUACGAAAUUAAAUUAGCACUUUAAAUCUUAAUAUUUUACAAAUAGAGGCCUAAAUUGAAAAGUAGUGUCUUAACAAACUCAUCAAAUUCUACAUAAAAACGUAUAUCUAACAAUAACCCACACUACGAGAAAACGAGUAAAAACUACUUGUCAAGUUUUUAAUUUACGCCUAUAAUCGCGUACAUAAUUUUCAUAGUCAAGCUACAGUUUUCUAUUAGUAAUUGAGUUACAGAUAGAAGGACAGACGGACAUGGGUAUGGGUAUCUUCAAGUCAAGAGUGAAUAGGCAUCUUCUAGGCAAGCGCGUUCUAUCAAAGGCUGCCUCAUAGCUUACAAUCUAGCGUACAGCUAAGCGGUGCUUGCUUAUACAUAAUAAAAAAACAAAACUAUAAGGGUUCUUUAUUGACCACGGAACCCUAAAUAUAAGUGAAACAUUAUCUGUUCGAUAAAUAACAGUUUAUAGGAACAUAAAAUAUAAAAAAAAUGUCUAUCAAAGGAAGUUUUAUUUCAUGACAAUAUUCGUGAAUAAUGCUUUAGUAAAAUGUUGAGCACUCCUGAAUCAUAUGUUUUUGUUUAUUUACAUUGUUUAAAAUACCUACCCGAUCUGACUAUAAUUUUAAAGAAAAACCAAAGACUUUGUGUUAUAUAGCUCUUCAUGUUUAUCAGAAAAGUUUGACUUUGAUCUUUGAAAUUCAUUAUUAUGCCAGGUUCUAGUAAACUAUGUCGUGCUUGUCUAACAGCAACAGACAGUUUUCAAUAUAGUUUAUUUGAAAAUGUUUCGCCGGAUGUUUAUUGGUUUUGCACUAAUAUUGAGAUAGCUAAAGAAGAUGUUCUGCCAAAAGCAAUAUGUAACACAUGUUAUGAUCUUAUAACAAAGUUUUCAGAGUUCAAGAGGACUUGUCUACAAUCCCAGAACACUUUACUUGUAUAUUAUUCAGUUGCGCCAGAAAGUAAAAAGCUUGACUGGCUUAACAAUGACCCUAAAGUGGUAGAGACGCAAAACAAUGAUUUGAACGCACUUGUUGAAAACUAUGAAGAUGUUACAGUCAAAGUUGAACACUUUGGGACAAAUAAUGACGAUGAUUUUGACAAUACUGAGCUUCCUAAUUCAUCAGAAGUUACAGCAAAGGAAAAUAAAACACAUAAAAAAGUUAGAGUUAAAACAAGUAAGAGAAGGAAGCUGAGAAAAUGCGAAUUGUGUAGAAAAAGUUUUGAUUCUCGUGAAAAAUUUGAGCGUCACAAGUUGGCACAUCAAAAAACGAAAUCUCUAAAAUGCACGCCAUGCAAAAAAACCUUUAUGACGUUGAGCGGUUUGAAGAAGCACCACCUCAGCUGGCACGAGCGCGUCAGGCUCAGCAGCGUCACGUGUCGCACGUGCGGCAAGAUAGUGAAGAGCCGCGAGACGCUGCGCGUUCACCAGAAGCUGCACGGCGAACGGAGCCUGUUCAUAUGCAACGUGUGCGGGAAGGGCUGCACCACUGGCGUCAUUCUAAAGGCGCAUCUAGAAACGCACAAAGAAAACAGAGAACGUCAAUUCACAUGCGAGCACUGCGGCAAAAAGUUCUACACAAACAAGAUACUGAUGUCACAUGUGCAAAAGUGUCACACGGACAAGAGAUACAUUUGCCAAGUGUGCAGCUACCCGUUCACGGACAAACACAACUUAGCCAAGCAUCUGUUGAAGCACGAGGGCAAAGGGAGAUUGUAUAAAUGUGAUAUUUGUAACAAGACGUUCACUGCCAGGUCAUCGUACGUGGAACAUCAGAGAGCUCAUUCUGGGGAACGUCCCUUCACGUGUACGUAUUGUUCGAAGAGCUUCAUUGCUAAGAGACGAUUGAUAGAACACAAUCGCACACACACCGGGGAAAAGCCGCAUAAGUGUUCAGUGUGUGAGCACAGUUUCACUCAACGGGGUACAUUGACUCGACAUAUGAAGGUUCAUGAUAGAGGUGUUCCUGUGAUAAAGUAGUUAUAGAAGACCUGUAUUAAUUGUAAGCCAUAGACAAACAAGUUACUGUCUGUACCAUUAAGGCAGUCACAAGCUAGACAAAUAUCUUAGCAUUCCAUGGAUUCACUGUACAGAUAUAGUCUAUCGCAUGGUUUGAAAUCUGUCAGCGAAUUUAAGAUAUUUAAUUUAUUAUUGUAAGAUAUUUAAUAGACAUUGAUUGUAGAUACUAUUAUAGGUUUUUUUUUUUAAAUUAAACAACAAACUUUCAAAAAUAUUUUAUUAGUUUCAUUAAAAAAUCAACAUUCAUGGAAUUUUGUAGAGAAUUUAUGAAUAUCAUACGAAUAUUUUUUUUUUAAAUAUACCACAGAAUUUCGAAAUAA